GCGCCUUCCCCUCUCCCGGAGAGCCCGCCCCCGCGCCGGCCCCCCCGGAAGCGCCGGCGGAGCGUCCCCGCAUGGAGCGCGAGCCCAGCGCCUCGGCGGCAGCCCCUGCAGCGGCCGCGCUCUUCGCCUGGGGUGCAAAUAGCUAUGGGCAACUUGGCCUUGGCCACAAGGAAGAUGUUCUUUUGCCCCAGCAGCUGAGUGACUUCUGUAAACCUGGAUGUGUCAAGAGGAUCACGGGAGGAGGGGGCCACUCUGCUGUUGUUACAGAUGAAGGAAGCCUUUUUGUUUGUGGCCUGAACAAAGAUGGGCAACUGGGACUUGGUCACACAGAGGAUGUCCUGUACUUUACCCCCUGCAAGUCCCUCCUUAGCUGUCCCAUCCAACAGGUGGCCUGUGGCUGGGAUUUUACCAUUAUACUUACAGAAAACGGUGAAGUUCUAUCAUGUGGAUCCAACUCCUUUGGCCAGUUAGGAGUUCCUCAUGGGCCUCGAAGAUGUGUGGUCCCCCAGGCCAUUGAGCUCCUGAGGGAGAAGGUUGUUAGUAUUGCUGCUGGACUGAGGCAUGCUUUAGCUGCAACAGCUGGUGGCACUGUGUUCCAGUGGGGAACUGGUUUGGCAUCCUCUGGACGGCGGUUGUGCCCUGGGCAGACUCUCCCACUGUUUUUGACAGCAAAGGAACCGAGUAGAGUGACAGGCCUAGAGAAUUCUCAAGCAGUAUGUGUUCUUGCUGGCUCAGAUCACUCAGCUUCACUGACAGAUUCAGGAGAGCUGUUUGUUUGGGGAAGCAACAAGCAUGGGCAACUGGCUUCCCGGGCUGCUUUCCUUCCUGCGCCCCAGAAAAUAGAAGCACGUUGUUUUCAGAAUGAAAAGGUCGCUGCUGUCUGGAGUGGGUGGACACACCUGGUUGCUCAGACAGAAACUGGCAAGGUGUUUACCUGGGGCCGAGCGGACUAUGGUCAACUGGGAAGGACGUUGGAGUCUCAUGAAGGCUGGAAUCCGGAGAAGCAAGAUUCCUCUCUGCCUGGCUCCAGGCCACUGAAGAGCAUGCCUUCAUCUCUGCAUUGCUUAACAGGAGCAACUGAGGUCUCCUGUGGCUCAGAGCAUAAUCUAGCAGUGAUUGGACGUGAAAGGGUACGCAGACCUCUUCCCCAGAGAGGAGAAGGUACAUUUCUACAUACUGCUGCCCAAUCAUUGAAGCCAGUAGUUGCCAAAAACAAACCAACCACCUGAUUUCACUGGGCGUGGAGUGUCUCAAAUGCUUGCUCUGCCACAUAUUAACUGCAGAUCUGUGGCAAAUUGCAGGGCGUUCAUUGGCGAUGCACAGGCGGACACGGGCUUGUGAACAGAAUGCAGUAAUUGACACAUUGUGGUUCAUUAUGCGCAGCAUGCAGGACUCUAGCGGAAGCCCACUUUGUGGCCAGAAGCCACUGGCACCACCAGCCUUGAGAAUUUGUUCCUGGCUCUGUUCUGGCUCUCCAGCUGGAGAGCACCAUACCUUCAGCACCAGAAGCAGUCUGGGGCUCCUGCCUUAUCCUGCUCCCUCCAGGCAAGGAGUGAGGAUAUUUCCCCUGGCCCCCUGCAUGAUCUCCGAGGAAGGUUAUUUGUUCACUCAUUUAUUCAACAGAUGUUUUUGAACACGUGCCAGGCAUGUCACAGAGAACAAGACAGUUGCUGCCCUCACAGAAUAGAAUUUACAGUCCUUCUCUGGGCCUUAGUUUACUUAUCAUCAAAUGGGUAGGAAAGAGAGAAGUGAAUUGCUCAAUCUCUUCUAGCUCUAAGAUUUCAGAAUCUAUGAUUCUGGAUUGUAAACAUUUAUUACUGAGUCAUAGUGUCAAUCUUAGUCAUUUGUAUCCAAUGCCAAAGGAAAAAAAUGAAAAUCUAGAGUUUCAGAAGCGGAUGGGAACCAUGGACACAAGCUAGUUCAAUUUCUUCAGUUACAGACGAGAAAAAUGAGGCUAAAAGAGGAGUGUGACUUUUCCAGUAUAUCAGUGGCAGAGUCGGGCCGGGGAGGCCAGUGCCAGCUGAACCCAAGCCUCACCUCCAGCCUUCUGAAGGCUGCCUCCUCUCACAGCGGUGCUGAUGAGCCCCACCUCAGAUCCCUUUCUCCAUCUGGCUUCUCUAACACCGAGCUCUCCUGAGUCUCUCCUUCCUACAUCUCUAACGCCUGCUCCUGGGCUCCCUUACCAGCCUCAGAGCCUGCGGCCUGCAAGUAGAAGAGGAAGGAUUAGCUCUGCCUCAGAGGUAGCUCACCUGGUAGCUGAGCCUCAGAAGGUGAAUAGAAUUGGAAUUCAUUAUGCCAAGACCUCCAAAAAGAUGGCCUAAGAAGGAGGGGAAGCAGAGCAGCUAGAGUUUGUUCUGAGUUCUCAAACAAGCAGAUACAGGCAAGCCACCGUGAACCUGAAAGGGAAGGGGAGCCAGUGGAGGUGGCCGGGGAGCAGCUGCUCCUUGAGCUCACUGAAGCCCUGCAGAGGGGCCAGCCUCCCCUCAUGCCGCAGAGCCCCUCUGUACCUCUGCCCUUUGCCUGAGUCCUCCGUUUAGCUUGUGAAAAGAGUCUCAAGCUGGGAGGGACUGGGGAUCUUUCUGAUGACCUAGUGGGGCAAGGGGAUUGAGUUUACUGCAGAGAAUUCAGCAGUGGAAGGCUCAACACUUUUUCAGUGACCAGAAGGUCACUCUAGGUGGAAGCAGAUGCUGUGGGUAGACAAGGCUGUAGCCAGCUCCUAAAGUACCUGCUUGUGGUUUUCCCCUUCUCUCCAUCACAGUCUGGGAACCAGUACUUUGAAGCACUUGAUUAAUAAAGUUUUCUGCACUAUAAUGGUGGUCAGAGGUAGGAGGGUAGGUCAAACGUAGGUCAGAGGUGAGUAGAGGAUGAGAAUACUGUUCUUGACUAUGAAAACCUAUAUCCAUUUUGUGUAUCCGUGUAUAAUUUUAGUCUCUUAAAUUGAUCUGUAUUAUUUUGCACACUGUACUUUUGUAGAAUAUAAUUUUCUAGUAAUAUCAUGUAACAUCAUCCAUAAAGAACUGCCUGAUCCAUGUACAUAAAAUGUCAUCUGUGCACUUAUAAAUGUGUCUA